CUCAAGACUAUCAAUGAAAGUCGCUUUUGAGUGUGUUUCGCUUUCGGAAAUGGUCAACAACACUGUGGAACAAGAUUAUUAUUGAGUCAGAUACACACGGGAAAUAUUUCAACAACUUUAUUUCACGUCCUCGAUUUAACAUCAAUUUCAAUCCAACAUUAAAAUAAUACUGUAAACAUGUUUAAAUUAAAUACUCAAUGUCCUGUCAAAAUUAAACUAAAAGUUAUUUGGUGUACAAGCGAACGCGGCGAAAUUCGAUUAGCCACGAAAGAGGCUAGAGCUAAAUGUAAAAACAUAACGAUAGUUGAACAAGAGUGCAGAGGAGAUAGAGAAGUUGUGGAUGCCUCCACGCUCGGAAGAAGAAUGGCUGGUGUGAGAGUGCCGGCCGCUGACUGGAAGAGACAGAGGGAGAGAGCAAGUGAGAUGGAGGCGGGGGAAGUUCCCAUCUCUGCGGGGACUGGAGUGUCUCUGCCCUGGACCAGCGGCGCAGUGCUGGCUAACAUUCAACCCAACCCUACCACAACGAGCUCGACACGCGCACCGAGACAGCCUUUGAAGACCGUAACGUUACUGCCGCCAUACCGCCACUGAACCCCUGCCCGAAAGCUUACGGCGUCGGGUUCCACCCCACGAUUUUACGAAGAUAAGGGAGGCUCAAGAGAAUGAAUGGAGAAAUGGAAGCCACUGCUAAAGAUCAAGUAGCCUGGGGCAAGGAUGACCUGCUGAAGUUGUUGGAUGGUAUGAAGGUGAACCUUCCACAAAAUGACCUCAGCAAGUACAAGACAGCCGAGUCACACUUGGACUGGGAGAAGGUGUCGUUCAAUCACUACUCUGCAGAAAUGUGCAAGCAGAAGUGGGUCCAAGUUUCCCGAGAGGUACGCAAAUUUCGCACACUGUCGGAGCUCAUCGUUGAUGCCCAGGACUAUAUCAAAAACCCCUACAAGGGCAAAAAUUUGAAGAAACACCCUGACUUCCCAAAGAAACCUCUUACCCCAUACUUUCGAUUCUUCAUGGAAAAAAGGGCUAAAUAUGCCAAACUCCACCCUGAAAUGAGCAACCUUGACCUCACAAAGAUCCUAUCCAAGAAGUACCGAGAACUCCCGGAUCGCAAGAAGGCAAAGUACAUGCAAGACUUUCAGAGGGAAAAGGAAGUAUUUGAGCACAACAUGGGGAGAUUCAGGGAGGAGCAUCCAGACCUGAUGGAGAACAUGAAGAACAUGAAGCGCUCAGAUGUGCCUGAGAAGCCCAAGACGCCCCAGCAGUUGUGGUACAACCAUGAAAAGAAAGCUGUCCUCAAGAUACACCCGGACGCAACAACAAAAGAUGUCAAGGAGAGCCUGGGGAAACAGUGGACACAGCUUUCUGACAAAAAGAGGCUCAAGUGGAUCAAUAAGUCAUUGGAACAACAGAAACUGUAUGAGGAAGCAAUGCGGGAAUUCAUUCAGCAGCAUCCAGAACUCAACAUGUCCCAGGAUGACAUCAACAAGUCCACUCUUACCAAGGCUGAAAGGCAGCUGAAAGACAAGUUUGACGGCAGGCCUACUAAACCUCCGCCGAAUGGCUACUCCAUGUUCUGCGCAGAGCUCAUGUCCACCAUGAAGGACGUGCCCAGCACCGAGCGGAUGGUCAUUUGCAGCCAGCAGUGGAAACUUCUCAAACAGAAUGAGAAGGACGGUUACCAGAAACGCUGUGAACAGAAAAAGAAAGAGUAUGAAAUUGAGAUGAACCGGUUUCUAUGUAGUAUUUCUGAGGAAGAGCAGCAGCGGGUGCUGGGCGAGGACAAAAUGCUUGGCUUCAACAAAAAGGGCAGCGCCACCUCCAGGAAGAACUCCAAAACAAAGGCGGGCUCAGAGAAGCCAAAGCGUCCCAUUUCCGCCAUGUUCAUCUUUGCGGAGGAGAAGCGGCACAAGCUGCACCAGGAAAGGCCAGAACUGUCCGAGAGCGAGCUGACACGAGCUUUGGCACGCAUGUGGAACGAACUAUCUGCCAAGAAGAAGGAGAAGUACAAGCGCCUGGAGGCGUCUCUGAAAGCCGACUCAGAGAAGAAGGUCCAGGAGGAACGCAGCCGGCUGCCGGAGUCACCCAAGAACGCGCAGGAAAUCUGGCAGCUCAGCGUCAUCGGGGACUACCUGGCCAGGUUCAGGAAUGACCGGACAAAGGCCCAGAAGGCUAUGGAGGCAGCUUGGAACACCAUGGAAAAGAAGGAGAAAAUCAUGUGGAUUAAAAAGGCUGCGGAAGACCAAAAGAGAUACGAGAGGGAGCUGAGUGAGAUGCGCUCCCCGGCCACCAUCAUCACCUCAGGGAAAAAGAUGAAGUUUGAAGGCGAGCCAAAGAAACCUCCAUCGAAUGGGUACCAGAAAUUCUCACAGGAGCUGCUUUCUGGUGGGGAGCUAAACCACCUGCCUAUGAAGGAGCGCAUGGGAGAGAUUGGUGGCCGCUGGCAGCGGCUACCCCAGAGAGAGAAGGACCGCUAUAAGAAAAUGGCGGAGGAGAAACAGAAACAGUACAAGGUCCAACUGGAGCACUGGCUUAAGAGUUUGUCAUCACAAGAAAGAGCCACAUACACCGAGUACAACUCAAAUAAACGUAAAAGUACUGCUAAACCUGGUGGAACGAAUGCCAAAGUAAAGGCUGCAGCUGCCAAAAAAUCUGACUCUGAGGAAGACGACGAUGAUGACGACGAUGAUGAUGAGGAGGAAGAGAAGGCUUCGUCAGAUGAUUCGUCCAGCGAGGAAGACAGCGAUGAAGAUGAGGAUGAUGAUGACGAUGAAGAGGAGAACGAGGAAGAUGACGAGGCAGAGGACAAGGAGAACAAAUCUGGGAGCAGUAGCAGUGGCUCCAGCUCUGAGGACUCCUCGGACUCGGACUCGGACUGAACCGCAACACCCUGAAUGACUGAGCCAAGAUACUGCGCAGCCCUGCACCACCCAGCACUCACCUGCCCGGCCAACAGGGGGUGCCCGUCUACUCGCAUCUCUUUCGCUGUUCAUCAGUUUUUUUUUGUAGAACGUCAUCUCACUUUAUUUCCCUUCUGCUUCUCAAUCUUUUUGUGAGCUGGGGAAAAGGAGACCGCGAAUAGAGAACACGACACGCAGAGGCCACUGGAACCCCUCCUUUUUCCCCUUGACACACAGCUCUGAGCCCCAUCAUCACAGCAGUGAUAUCCCAGUGCUGUGGCCAGCUACUGGAGCUUCUUCAGCAUGCACAGCUUGCUGGAUUCUUUUUCUUUUUUCUUUUUCCCCCAGAGCAUUAGGGAAGUUGGUUUUCCUUUCAUUCCUGAUUAUUGUACCUCAAGUGUUAAGCAACUGAGGGGGAAAUUGGAACUGGAAUCCACUUUCUUCAUUAUAUAUAUUAUUUGCAAGUUUAUGCUGUAAUACAAAGGCCCCCAUGUUAUAGGUGGGUCAAGAAUGUACCUCCCAGCUCAUGUUGGUUUUCAGUGCUGAAUCGUUUUCCAGCUCAACUGCUUUUCUGAGCAUUUCUCCCCUUCUGGCCCCAACACCCAUGAGGCCUGAACCACAGAACGCUUAUUUGGAGAAGAAUUUGGGAGGGUAUCAGGGACCAAGUAACUGCACUCUUGAGAAUGUUGUGUAAACUUUUAUUUUCAUUUAUUUGUUCAGACAAAUUGUUUUAUUUCCUUGUUUAAUUUUGGUCAUUUUUUAACAAUGUGGUAUUUUCAGGAAGAAUGAAGCCAUUUUGAGCGCACUUUGCUGGUAGGUGGAAUGCCAGACAAAUGGUGCCUUUUGUCUCAAACAACCGUUGGAGGAAUCAUUUCUGUUUACAUCCGUCACGUCCACUUCUACAUAGUUGUUUGGAUUUAAGAUGCUGAGUAAUGAAUAUCAGAACUUCUAAGUUAGUGAGCAUUGAUUUUUUUUUUUUUAAUGAUGUAAAUUUGUUUCAGUUUAAUAUUCAUGUUGCUUUGUAGUUCAGAUUAUUGUCAGUUUGCACUGUCUAAUAGAUAUUGGUAUGUACAACCCUUGAUAUUAAAUGGUGCUACAUCCAAUUACUCAGUUUAGCAAUUAAUGCAAUGUGUAUCUACUGAAAACGGUAAUGUUAAAUAUGGAUUUUCAGUUAUACCAGCACCGGUCUGAACCUAAAUUUGGCCUAAAGUUAUUAAAUGUUUUUGAGAUGCAGAAA